AUGGCUGGUGGUGUCUGCAAUCUCGCGGGGCUCCUCGUGUGCGCAUCUUCAACAUCCAUCGGAUUGUUGUCUGUUGGUAUGACACUUCUAGCUAUUGGCUUUACGAUGUCCUACACACCGUUAGUGAUCACAGUAGUUACGUACUUCCCAACAAGGUUUGCAUUGGCCAAUGGCGUAAUAAGCACGGGAGCAGCCGUAGGCAUGAUGGUCAUACCUCCUCUAGUGGAGCUUCUGAUUAAAACAUACGGCUGGCCGAAUGCAAUGGCUGUUCUUGCUGCCGUCAACUUCAAUGUCACUGCUUGUGGAGCUUUAGUAAGGCCGCCCCUGGGGACGCACGAAAGACUCAUCAAUGCUGCAGAUGAGGCUGACACAUCGACAGAUCCAAAUCUAUCACAUAUUUCGCUUCUCCGCUCUGUUGUCACAUUCCUAAAAGAUAUCCCCGAGAAACUCUCACUGGAUAUCUUUAUAUUGGCACCAGCCUACAGCAUCUUCCUACUUAUUUGGUUUUUGAAUGGAGUAAUUUUUAGUGCAUGGCUGAUCUACCUGAUCCCACACGCUAUAUCGAAAGGAAUCGAUGCCCAUUUGGCAAGUUUCUUGGCGACAGCGGGCGGUGUAGGCAACCUGGUUGUAAGAGUGGUUCACGGGCCGGCCAUUGAUCGAGGACUUAUAACAGCACUCAAGCUGCUCAUUCUGCUCUCUGUGCUUAACGCUGUUGCCUUCUUCGUUGAUAUGGUGUCGUAUGAUCACUACCAUGUACUGGUGAUCCUGGCAAUAGUAAAUGGGGCCGCAGUUGGGAUUAUCGGUGUUAUCGUCAUGCCAGUUGCUCAAGAAAUUUUGAUCGAACCAGACCUUUCCGUAAAGGGAUAUCUGUUGUCUUUGCCGUUCCUCGCUCUUGGUGAAGUAUGUGGCGGUGUAUUUGCAGGUGCGUUUUACGAGAUGAUCGGGAAUUACAAUUUGGCUUUCGUCUCCCUAGGGGGCUUAUCAACAGUCAUCGCCAUUGCCAUUAUUGCAGAACGAACUUAUGCAGUCUGGUCUAAAUGAGUAUACUAUGACGAACUCACAGCGUUGAUUUAGGUGUUUUUGUAUGUCAACUGUUUAAUUAUUUAAUUAUGUUAUGUUGACAUGUUAUGGUGACAAGGCUUUGUCACAGAGACA